AUGGGCGGAUGGGUGCCAUUCCUAAUCGCACUGCUACUGAAUUAUGUGCAACCGAAGCACGACGUUGAAGUGGAGCGGUUCGUAGAGGCAUGGCCUGUACCUGUCGAAGCAAAAACAGACAGCCUCCUCUAUGUACAAGUGGCGUGGCGUCAUGGAGAUCGAACACCAGCGAUAUCGGUUCCGUUCAGCGAUGCAGAUACGUGGAAUGAAGGGCUGGGAGAACUGACUAAAAGGGGUAUAGCUCAGCAGUAUCGUCUUGGAAAGUGGUUACGUGCUCGGUAUGGAAAAUGGCUUGGAGACCAUUUUGAUCGCAGUCAGGUUUUUGUACGAAGUAGUGACUACAAUCGGACAUUGAUGUCAGCACAGGCGAAUAUGGCUGGUCUGUUUCCUCCUUCGAAACUUGAAAUGUGGGACGCAGGAUUGGCUUGGCAACCUGUUCCUGUGCACUCGAUUCCGAAAUCUAUCGACAAGGAACUUUAUGAGGACAUUGAGUGUCCCACAGCGUCGGCAGAGUUCAACAAAGUAUGGAAGUUGGGAGUAGUACGCAGAAUGGAGGCUGAAAACGAAGAUCUGAUCCAAUAUCUGCGGGAACACUCGCAAAUAGUCGACUUUCAAUUCUACAUGCUUUGGAUGGUGUACGACAACCUCUUUUGCAUGCAUCAACACAACGAUACGCAAACCUGGCCAUCCUGGAUGAAUGUGACACUCUUCAAUCGCCUACAAAAACUUUACGAUGCUUCCUCCCGUUUGAAGUACCAUACCGAGGUGCUGCGUCGUUUGCGUGGAGGGGAUAUUGGUCUUGUUGUGCAUCCAUCUCUCGUCUAUCUUGUCGAUUCUCAUGAGAUCCUGUCACCUAGUCUGACCAUUCUUCGUCUCUUCCCUCUGCGCUCAAUUGCCAUUAGCAUCAUCAGCUCCUACUCACCAACAUCAACAGGUGACAAGUCCGAAAUGACAAAAGUCGUCGUCGGAGACCUUAACAAAAAACACCUAAAACUAGGAAAGGCUUUCGAAGAGGAAUACAGGAGGAGGGACCGCAACGAAAACGACAAUCGUCUCACCGGGACAUCGAAAUCCACUGACAGGACUCGUGCGGCGAUCGAACACAGACUCACCAAUCAAAAGUGGUGUCUACUUGACGUCUCGGUUGCACCGUCCUUUUGUAGUGGUUCUGGUCACUGUCUCAUUCGACGACUUAGCCAUACGAUGGAAAAGACUUCUGCUAUCGGCAACGAAGGAAGAAAGGAGUCAUAUUAA